AUGAAUCCAAAGGAAAGAAUGACGUCUGCAGAAAUAUUAGAAUACAUAGAAAGCGAGCAAAAUUCAAACUCUGCAAUUAGUUCUGCCAAUUUUAAGAAAGCUCCAAUUGAUCCAUUACCAAGACUCUUCGCUAGAAAUAAUACUCCGUUGCAUAUUAAGGUACGAAGAAUUAAUGCUAAGGCGUUCGGUAAUUUGAACCUCAGAUAUCGUAAUCGAUUAUUUAAUAAUAAUAAUUUGUAA